UCCCUACCACGUGCCGCGUGGCGCGUGUCCUCCUGCCAGGUCCCAGCAAGUGUGUGGUUUCGGUUGGUCCUUGCCGUCUGCGCCAUGGGGGUCUCCAAGAGGAAGGCCCGGAGUGGCCAGGACCGCACAGAUUCCCCCGCGGGCGUGCCCAAGCGGGCCCGCAGGGAAGAGCUCACCGGCGUGGGGUUCAAGGCUCAGCUGAAGGAGCCGCAGGGCGUGGAGCCAGCCUUGGAAGCAUUCGUCUCUGCUGCCAAGAAGUUACCCCAAGAAGAUGUGUACGAUGUGGUAGAAGGAUAUAUAAAGAUUUCUGUUGAGUGUGCAGAAAUUUUCCAGCUCCUCAGUGGGGAGAAGCGACCUGAAAGUGAAAUGCUAUUGAUAUUUCAAGUUUUCGAGGCCAUAUUAUUGCGGACUGCAGGUGAUCUUUCGCAUCUUCAUGUUGUGGGCACCAACAUCGUGAAGAAACUCAUGAACAACCACAUGAAGCUUAUCUGUGAGGCCCUCUAUGCCUCGGGUUACAGGAUGGCUCGAGCCUGCCUGAACCUGAUGGCCGCCAUGGUGACCCAGGGUUCUGAAGCUGCCAGGGAUGUCUGCAGCCAUUUUGAUUUGAAUAAAAAGACCUUGUACACCCUGGUGACCAAGAGGGAUUCAAAGGGAGUGCACGAUGUUCGGCAGGCCUACAUCCAGUUUGCCCUUUCCUUUUUAAUCGCUGGAGAUGACAGCACAAUUGUGCAGGUGCUGGAGCUGAAAGAGUUUAUUCCUUGCAUUUUUAGCUCAGGCAUAAAGGAAGACAGGAUUUCUACCAUCAAUAUAUUAUUAUCCACUCUGAAAACAAAGGUGGUUCACAAUAAAAACAUUACGAAAACCCAGAAGGUGCGUUUCUUUACUGGGCAGUUCCUAACCCACAUAGCAUCUCUCUACGGCUGGAAUGGGAUCGCAGACGUGAGCCCCGGAGACGUCCAGGUGUCUGCUGAAGCAGGGAAAGCCACGGUGAGAGAACUUGUUCAUAACUUCCUGAUGGACCUUUGCUGCUCGCUCAAGCAUGGGAUUAAUUUUUAUGAUGCAUCGUUUGGUACCUUUGGCAGAGGAGGAAACCUGACGCUCUUGCACUUCUUGCUGAGUUUGAAGACUGCACCAGAUGACGAGCUGGUGGCUGACCUGGUGGUGAACAUCCUUAAAGUGUGCCCGGACUUACUGAGCAAGUACUUCAAAGAAGUCACUUUCUCCUUUCUCCCACGAGUGAAGUCCACUUGGUUAAAUAACAUCAGACUACUAAACAAGAUCUAUGAGGCCCAGCCAGAGAUUUCCCGAGCGUUCGAAACCAGAGAGUUUAUCCCCUUGCCUCGGCUCCUGGCCAUGGUGAUGGUGACCGUCGUGCCCGUAGUGUGCAACAAGAUCAUGUUCACCCAGGCGUUAAACUUGGACAGCAAACCGGUGAGACACACAGCGUUAUCGCUUAUUUCCUUCGUUUUGAAGAGAGCCUUAAAAACUAUUGAUUACUGCCUGGAUAGAGAGGCAUGGCAAGAAUCCGGUGUGUACACCGCCGCGAUGAUGGAAGAAUUUGUGCAGCUCUUCAGGGAAGCCCUGAGCAAGAUUUUGCCAGACCUAAACACUAUUGUGUGGGUAUGGCAGUCACUUAAAAAGCAAGAGACGAAACAGGAUGACAAGAAAGGCAAGAGAGGGGGUGAUAAGCCUGCGACUGCCUGCCCAGCUCCCCAGUGCGAUGAUGUGGAAACUGUUCUUCUGAAAGCUGUCCUGCUCCAGAGCAUAUGCCUCUACCAGAGGGCGGUCCCCCACCUGGUCAUGCAGUACAACUUCGACUUCAGCAAGCUGCUGAAAGGCGUCAUCUCUGAGCAAGGGCUUCAGGAAGAGGCACCUCCCAUUCUGCAGCACCGGAUGCUACAGGUGGCCCUGGAACUGCCUGCCAGCAAAUUUUUGUGGUUAAAGGCACAGGAAGGCCCAGAUGCAGAAAUUAUCGGAGGUGAACGGUCAGUGUUUUACUUGUUGAUGAAAAUGUUUGUGACCAGUAGCCACUUAGAACUCAAGUCAUCCACUAAACUUCUGAUCAUGAAGAUUCUGCGGGACACAGGGGUGUUUGAGCACACCUGGAGGGAGCUCGAGCUCUGGCUGGAGCACUUGGACAGUACUGUGGAAGAGAGCAAAGAAACCGUGAUUCAGUUCCUGGAACGCGUUUUACUGACAUUGGUGGCGAAUCCCUACUCAUACACGGACAAAGCAUCUGACUUUGUGCAGGAAGCCAGCACACUGCAGGCCACCGUGACGAAGCACGACUCUGACGACGUCAGCAUCCCCGUCUCCCACAUUGACGAUGUUCUCGACAUGGUGGACGUGCUGGUUGAGGGCAGCGAAGGCUUGGAUGAGGAAAUCGGGUUCUCGUUAAAUGAAGACAUGAUCCUGCUCACGUUCCCGUUCAGUGCAGUGGUUCCUGCAGCCCUGGAAGCCAGGAACAAGCUGCUCCUUGGGACAGAAAGUGGAGCAGGCGAAAGGAUCGUGGCCUAUCUGACAGCAGUGCUGAGUGACCUUCUUCACACUCAGAGGGACCCUUUGGCUCUGUGUCUUCUGCUCCAGGCUUAUGACAAGUUUGAAGCUCCAGGCCCACCUUGCUGCCAUCAGCUCUCCUGGUUUAACAGAUACUACACCCUCUGGAUCCCAGAGCAAGCCCGUGAGGCUGGGCUGUUCCAGGCCUCAGGUAGCCUCUCACCCCGGUCUACACCAGCUGCCGCCUCAUCCUUCUCUGCCCUGCUGCAGACGGCCUAUGAGGGCCAGGCACUCCGAGAUGAGCCUGUACAGACACAGCUGCAGGCCGCUGUUGCACACCUGGCCGGGCACCAGCUCCCACGUGCGGCCAAGCAGGUGCUGCUCUACCUCAAGACCACUGUGGAGACCUUCAGCCAGCUGGGCAGAAGUGUGGGCCCCCCACUCCUGCAGCUCUUCUUGGAUCUCCUCAGGCGCCUCGUCCUGCACUGUGAGCAACUGGACACCCAGAGCCAGCAGAAGUGCGAGGCUGCCCGGGCUGAGGCUGAUGCUGAUGCUGAUGCUGACCUCUUUGUGGACAUGGAAUCCAUGGCCUUGUCGGAGCUGGCCAGUGACCAGAUGUUGGAGGAGGUGCUCGUGGCCAUCCUCAGGCACCCCACACUGGAAGGCUGGUUCCUGGCCCUGGAACAGCAGGCCCUCCCCCCGCACACCCUCAGCCCCCUACUUGUGAAACUCUUGGCAACCCACCUCAGCACAGGGGUCCUUCAGCUACUAGCAGCCAGUGCCCCAAUCCUCCGGAACACCGGUCAGCUGGGCCUCCUGGCCAGGUACUUCGAAGCCAUCACCCAAAGCGUGUUGAAAGAGCUGCGAACCAGGAGAACUGGGCGAGCCACACUGCCACCGAAGACCCUGCCUCAGCUAGAGGCCCUGCAGAAGCUGCACCCAUACAUGGAGGGUGCCCAGCUCCGUGAGAUCAUCCUGGCCCUGCUGAGCCUUCCCAAGGCCCAGCUUGUUACCCAGCACCCCAUGAAGUCUCCUGGGCAAGAGAAGCACUUGAAUGACUUUGGGAAGACACUGGUGCAGCUGCUGGCCUGCAGUUCCCAGGAUCAGCUGCAGAGUGGCGAACUGCUCCAGUCUUCCGAGUACGUGAGAGGCCUGGGGGCUUUGCUCCCCAUGCUGGCCAUGGAUGAGCUGGAUGCUGUGUUCUUCCGCACUCUGCAGAAAGAGCCCACACUGGCCCCCGUGGUUGCUGUUGACCUGCUCGACUACUGCCUGGCCCGGCAGACACCCACCACCCUCAGCAUUGCUGCCCUGCUCCUUGGGCAGAGCUGCCCCCACCUGCUGUACUUCGAGCUGUGGUGCCAGCGGACUGGCACAGGACGGAGCCUGCAGGAGGCCUUGGACGACUUUCUCCCCCUGGUCCAAGUCUACCUGCAGCACAGAACUCAGGGACUCUUCACACGACCAACAAAAGUGUCCAGUGCUGUCAUUCCUGUCUUAAGGAAGGCCCUGUGGAAACAGCUGCAGAGCAGGCUUCUCAGUGCUGACUUUGCCCCGGAGUCUGGGCUGCAUCAGGAGAUCCUCGCCCAGCUGGUGCCAUUUGUGAGAGCCAAGGAUCUGAGUGUCCUCAGGGACUGUUUGCCCAGCUUGCUGCAGACUCCCAGCAGUCACAACAGAGCCCUAGGGAUUAAGCCAGCCCUCUCCAUCACCUUCAUCUGCAGCAGUUGGAUCGUGGCUGACUCUAUCUUGGGAGCCCUGGAAGCAUCAGCAGGAGAACUGUGUGCCUGGAGGAAGACCCUCCUCGGGUCCUGCAUGAAGUGGCUGAUCAGGUCUUUCAGUGGUAGCCAGCAAGAUGAUGACACCGCUCAGGAUCUGGAUCAAGAGAAACAGAUGCUGCUGAGGUUAAAUGAGCUGUUGCUUGCACUUAAUGAAGUCGAUCCUGGUGAUUGGCAGAAAUUUGUGAAGAUAGGACUCAAAUUUCGGUAUCAGGACCACACGUUUUUGAAGAGCCUCAAUGGUGCCAUGCAGCUCCUGUACAGCCCAGAGAGCCCAGUGCACACGGCGCUCACCCCACUCCCCAUGGUCCACAUGAUGCUUACCCAGCAUUCCCUGUUCUUGCCAACGCUCCUGAAGUCCGAGGAGGAGGAACACCCAGAUGGGCGAGUGAAAGAAGCGCUGGUGGACCUGUUGUCGACAGUGGUGAGGAUGUGUCCCUCUGUCUGCGAGAGCAGCCACUUUGCCGUGCUUCUUGGGGCCUAUGGCGCCUCUCUCAGCGUCCUGGACCAGAAGAUUCUCCUCCUCCUCCGGGCUUAUGAACAGAACAAGCUCAGCCUCGUCACCUUCAGGGUGUUACUUUGGGGCCCAGCAGCUGUGGAACAUCACAAGACCUGCCGGAGCCUGGGCAAGUCGCUGUGGCAGCAGCCGAGUGCCGGGGACAUUCUACGCCUGCUGGACCGGGACCAGAUGAUGCACACCAUCCUGCACUUCCCCCAGAACCGGAGGCUGCUGUCCCCCGAGGAUGCCCAGGAGCCGAUAUUUAAAGACAAGAGCACGGAGGAUCUCGAUGGCCUGUAUGACCCCUGCUUUCUUCUUCAGCUCUUCAGUGAACUGACCAGGCCAGAAUUCGUGGUGGAUUGCCGCAAAUUUUUGGAUUCGAAUGCUCUGGGCCUAACUGUCGCAGCCCUUAGCAGCCAUGACCCCCAAAUGCGGGCUGCCGCCUACCACAUCCUGGCCGCCUACUAUUCCCACCUGGAGGGAGCACGGUUCCGCGAGCAGCCCCAGCUGCUGUACCUGUUGGAUGUUGUCCGGAAUGGGAUUCGAACCCAGAACAUGAGACUCACUUUUACGUUGACUCUCUUCAUUGCCAAAGCAGCCCUGCAAAUUUUGAAACCAGAGGAGCACAUGUACUUGAGGAUCAGCAAGUUCCUGCUGUCACACGAGUGUCUGAAUAUGGACAAAGUUCCGGGCUUCUACCAGUUCUUCUACAGCUCCAACCUGGAGCACAAGACAGAGCAGGAGUGGGUGUUUGGGCUUCUGCGGCAGGGCCUCCGUGACAAGCGCUGCUAUGAGCUGUACACCAGGCGAGGAGUUUUCCACAUCAUCCUGUCCUUCUUUAACAGCCCGCUGUGUGACACCGUGGCACAGAAUUGGAUUCUGGAAAUACUGCAGAAUGCUGCCAAAGUUGCCAGAUCUGCUUAUGAAAUCAUACGGGACUAUAGCCUUCUAACUUGGAUAGUACACAUCCUGGAGAGCAGGUUCCUGGAGACCCCAUUGCUGUCUCAGGUGAUCUCCUUGCUGCACACGCUGUGGACGACCAACCUGGGAGACAAGGCGGAGGGGCAGGGCCCGCCCCCUGGCCAGCCCAGCUCCCAGGAAUCCCCCAAGCUGCUGGCCCUGCACCUGGUCAACGAGUUCCUGUAUGUCCUCGUCGUGCUGACAAGGCACCUGAGGCCCACCUUGGCCUCCACCCAGCUGACCAGCUUCUUCGGGACACUUGAGUCUGUGCUGAGGUACCGGGCCACGGUUAUUCAGGCCUUCAAGGACAUGAACCGAUUCACUGUGAACGAGACAGUGCUUUCCACCAAGGAUAUCCUUGUCCUCCUGUACAAAUGGAGCCUCAUCAAAAGAGACUUGAAACUCCAGGAAGACCUGACAACAGCCAUAGAGCAGUGCCAAGUUCGGGAGCUGAUGAAAAUGCUCAAGGACAAGAGCAAGCCUGUUCUGCUGGCCCGAGCCAAAGGCCCUUGGGGUCGGAAGAGGAGGCCUGGAGAGGCAGAGGAGACAGCUGACCCUGAGCUGCAGGCAUCCAGCUUGGAGAAGUGCAAGGGCUUCCUGAGGUCCAUAUUGACCCACUGGGGACCAGUGAUUCCUAGCCCUGAGCCCGCACAAGAGCCCUCUGAUGAGGCCCGCCCUGAGAGUGGUGUGCCAAGCCCUGCACAUGCCACCACUACCCUGGUGGUCAGCUGGGUACUGCGGUCAGUGGCCGAGCAGCCGCUCAGCAGACCAGAGGCUGCAGGACUCCUUGGCUGGCUUAAGAGCCACAUUUUGCCACACCCAGAGGUUGUGGCUGACCUUCUCAGAAACAGUGCCGUGAAGAGUGGCAUAUUUAAACUGUACAGCCAGCUCUGUGGGACUGAGGGCCUGGCGGGGCCUACUCAGGAUGUGGCCUGCCUUUUCAACACGGUCAUGCUGCAGCUGGUGGCGGCCCAGGGCCAGGAGGGGAGCCCCCUCCAGCUGGCGAUGGAGACCCUCUGCUACUCUUCUCAGAGUGAGAAGGACAAAGUCACCCAAGCCUCUGCAGCAUUCCUGGUGUCUCUGUACAUCAAGGACAUGUGGCUGGGAGCCCAGCAGCCGGACACACUCUUAACCCACAUCCAGACGGUCUGCAAUGCCGCAGAGGACAUGCCAAGUGGUAAGGAGGAGGCCAUCAUUGUGCUCUGCAAGGACAUUGCCGCCACCAUCUCAAAUGCUGGCCUUUCUGCCGGCCGGCGCCUCACAGCCUGCUGACCAGUGCCUCAGGCCGGUCUUCGAGGUGCUCCCACUUUCAUGGAGUCAAGGGUUUCAGAAAAGCAUAUGAAAUAACAGGUUUAGUAUGUUAACCUAGUUCUCUGACAAGGAAGAUUGAGAGGACUUAACUGAUCAGUGAGUAUAAACUCGAGGGACAGCGUGUCCCACGUGGUCAGUGUGAGUGAGCUACUUCUGGGCCUUGAGACCCAUCGUGCUCCGUCAGGAGAGACCUUUCCUCAGCUCAGAUUGAGGGAACACUUCUGAGGGCAGAAGGUAUGGGUGGAUAUUAAUGCCGAAUGUCCAAAAUAUAUCAGAUUUCUCUUCAGGAGCAUGAAGAGAAGUAAAAUAAAAGGAUAUUGUACUAAAUCCUUGAAGUAUAAACAUGACCUGUCAGAGCUAGGCACAGUGUUGCACAUCUGCAAUCCCAGCUACUUGGGAAGUUGAGGCAGGAGAAAUGCAAGUUCGAAGCCCACCUGGGCAAUGUAGUGAGACCCUGUCUAAAAACAAAUGUGUAUAUGUAUAUUUGUCUUUGUGGAAAUAG